GUUGAACCAAGUGGAUACUUUUACUACAAAAGAGAUGACUUUGGAAAGUUCGGACAGUGACCUUUCAGAUGAGUCUCUUUCUGAAGAAUUCCACGAGAAUACAACUGAAACGAUGGUGAAUUUACCUCUUUCACACGAAGUAAACCUCGGCGGCCACCGUGCUACUGUUUCUACCAUCGCUAUAGAGCCUUCUGGGGUUCGAAUGGCGACCGGUUCUAACGACACAACUCUUAAACUGUGGGACUUUGCAACAAUGACGAAUAGACUAAAGUAUUUUGCUAGUAUUGAGCCACUUGGGGCUUAUCCUCUACGACUAGCAGAAUUUUCACCAACAGGUUCUAGUAUUCUUGUCAUUGGAGGAAGUUCCCGUGCAAAAUUACUUACCCGUGACGGUGAAGAUAUAUCUGAAACACCUCAAGGAGAUAUGUAUCUCGUAAGUAUGAAAAAUACAAAAGGCCACGUCGCUUCUUUGUUAUAUGGUAACUGGAACCCAACGAGAAACGACAGCUUUGCAACUAGUUCAACAGACGGAACAAUUAGGUUGUGGACUUUGAGUAAAAAAGGUUCUGUGGAACAAGGAAGUAUUCUGACUUUAAAAGCAAAGGACGGAAAGAAAAACACUUGCUCUUCGUUCCGUUUUGCGAACGAUGGGAAAAGGUUGUUUUGUGCUUGCGAAGAUGGUUCGUUGAAAGUAUAUGAGCCGAGUUCAACCCAAGUACGACCGGUCGAAGAAGUCGGUAGCGCACAAAAGUUUCGAGGCACACUGGGUGUGGCGACAGAUCUUCAACUUACGAGAGAUGACUUAACUUUGGUUACUCGUACUACUAACGGUUGCUUGUUUAUGUGGGACUGUCGAAGAUUGGAAGAACCUUUAACCGUGUUUGACGAUUUACCGAACAGCAGUGAUAUGACAUCAUGUGUCUUUUCUCCGAACGGCGAAUAUAUAUGUACAACUACAAGUGACAAUUCAAAAGGAGGCAGCUCUUCCGUUGUUUUCUUCUCCAGAGCUUCUGUAAGUCGCUGUUUUGAUGUUGCCGUAUCUUCCCGAAACGGUGCUGCUGUUGCUGUCUGCUGGUCUCCUGCUCUGAAUCAAAUAUUUUAUGGCUCCACUUCUGGAAGUGUUGUGGGACUUUACUCCCCAGAAACAAGCAAGAAGGGACUCUUAUUGUGUGUAUCCACACCAGAGAAAAGAGAAGAGGGAAGUAUUGCCAAUAUUGGUGCCGGCGAGGUAUUUCUACCCAAUGCGUUACCCAUGUACCAAACCGAGUUUUUACCGAAUGGCCUGCCGAUGACAGAAGCAAACAAGAGGAACAAGAUUCGAAAAGACCCUGUGUUAACAAAGAAGCCAACUGUGCCUUCUGGACCAAGACCGGACUUGGUCGGCAAGACAACGUUAUCCUCCCAUUUUAUGCAGUCACACCUGAAGAAAGCUUGGGCAGAUGAGGAUCCUAGGGAGGCACUUUUGCGUUAUGAGCAAGACGCCAAGUCAAAGCCCGUGUUUACUGGUAGAGCUUAUCAGUACCAAGAUAAGAUAAUUUUAGCUGAUAAGACAGCCGAACAGGAACAAGAAGAACAGUGGGAGAGGUUGAAGAAACGCAAGCUACCUUCGAAUACUUCGUAGCUAGUGUUUCCAGUUCUGCUACUAAUUUUCAAUGUUUUCAGUCCACGCCUUUAUGUAAGAUACUAUCUGACAUUGUAUACUGCGGUUUCAA